AUGGGUCUCAUCGAUGACGAUGACGAUGACAUCCCCCAAUUGUCAGCAGAUACUCUCAAAUUGUUGCAAGAGUUCAAUACCGAAAAGGAUGAGCGAUCGAAACAGUUCGAGGCCUUGAAGACCAAGUCUGAAAAUGAGAGCAAGCUAUCGAUGGAUCUGUUUGGGGAGGACUGGAAUGCAAGCCAGUUCUGGUACACCGAUCAGACUGCGCGCCUGUUGGCCCAUGAGCUACUCAAAGAUGCCACCCCAGAUUCUGCAAUCGCAGUUGUCUCCACGCCUUCUGUGUAUGUCGCGCUUCGCAACAUUUUGUCCGAAAACCCAGACCUCCCUCGCCCACAGAUGGCGCUACUAGAGUAUGACCAGCGAUUUGAAGUCGUCGGUCCGGACUUCAAGUUCUACGAUUACCAGCACCCUCUACGACUUCCAGCCGAGCUCAAGGGAAAGUUUGACAGGAUCAUAGUCGACCCGCCGUUCCUGAACGAGGACUGUCAAACCAAGGCGGCUUUGACCGCACGAUUCCUUGCGAAGAAUUGGGAUAGCGGCUCUGUUCGAUUCAUCUCUUGCACGGGUGAGCGAAUGUCUGGUGUGAUUCUAAAAUUGUAUCAUGGAAUCGGGGUCAAGACCACUACGUAUGAGCCAAAGCAUAGCAAGGGCUUGAGCAACGAGUUCUGGUGUUAUUCCAACAUCAGCGAUACCGAGGAGUGGAGCUGGCGCGAGYUUUGA